CCUGUCUUCAUAGUGGUGUCGUGGAGUCAUUGGAUUCAGUCAGUAGUUUUUGUUAUGAAAUGGAGGAAAAUAAAAAACAUAAAAUUUCUGGGCCAAAUUCACCUAAAAGCCAUGACAAAAAAUCACAUUCGAGGAGCAAUUCUAACUCUAUACAAUUCACGGUCAUUUCUAACAAAAACUACUCGAUUAGCAAUCACAGGAAAAAACGAAGUCGACACGAAUCUGGUAUAAAGGUAACUUGUAUUAAUUGCCAAUCAGUUUCAAUAUAUCAAAUCGGUGACUACGUCAAAUGUAGCAAGUGCAAUAGUUCCAAGUUCAGCUCUUAAGUUCUACUGGGGACUUUCUCCUCAAUAAAUUCAUCAUUCACACGCAAAAUGGUUUAAAAUGUAAAAUCACAUUAAUCCAUAAAUAAUUUAAUACAUGAAAUAUUAGUACAUUUUAAAAGUUACAUUGGAUGAUUCUCGUCAAUGGGCUCCGUGUUACAUAUGAGUUGCAGAAGCCACUUCUUGAGCAUCGGCUCCUCCUUAAGGCAUGGAUAAAAUGAUGGAUCACUGAGACAUUGUUAACACGUGGGAACUUACAUUUUCCUCAAGGGUUCCGGCAGGCAUUUACGGAGAGCGUCCCGCGCCCUCGUGUUGUCCGAUAGACGCAAAUAUGACCUUACGAUAUGCUUCAGGAUUCUUCUCGAUGGGCUUUCCAGCAGGCCCAUGACCAUGUUAUUUAACACGGAAGUUACUGCAUAGAAACGCUCCGCGGUUGCGCAAACGUAGGCGAGACCUCGGUCGUCCAUGAGUAUCUUCUGAACUAUAAAAAUCGACACCUAAAAUUAAUUUAUUUCGUGAAAC